GGGGCGGUGCUUGUGGCGGCGUGAGGGGUCUGGCUGCCUUGUCAGCCUGGUGUGGUCGGGUGCAUGUGGGCGCUCCGCUCACUGUUGCGUCCCCUUGGCCUGCGCACCAUGUCGCAGGGUUCGGCUCGUCGGCCGCGGCCAUCCAAAGACCCACUGCGACACCUGCGUACGCGGGAGAAGCGCGGCCCGGGUCCCGGGGGCCCGAACACCGUGUACCUGCAGGUGGUGGCGGCGGGCGGCCGGGACGCGGGGGCUGCUCUCUAUGUCUUCUCGGAAUACAACAGGUACCUUUUUAACUGCGGAGAAGGCGUCCAACGACUUAUGCAGGAACACAAGUGAGUCAACUCCUGGCUUCUGGGGUGGAGAUGAUUAUGGGCUUGAAAGCUGAGACUGAAAGUCGCUCGCUUGGACAACAUCUUUCUGACUCGGAUGCAUUGGUCAAAUGUUGGGGGGUUGUGUGGAAUGAUUUUAACUUUAAAGGAAACCGGGCUUCCCAAAUGUGUUCUGUCUGGACCACCACAGCUGGAGAAAUAUCUAGAAGCAAUCAAAAUAUUUUCUGGUCCAUUGAAAGGAAUAGAACUGGCCGUGCGGCCUCACUCUGCACCAGAAUACAAGGAUGAGACCAUGACUGUUUACCAGGUCCCUAUCCACAGUGAACGGAGGUGUGGAAAGCAACAGCCAUCCCAGAGCCCCAGAACAUCUCCCAACAGGCUCAGUCCCAAACAGUCAUCGGACUCUGGAUCAGCUGAAAAUGGGCAGUGCCCUCCAGAGGACAGCAGUGCAGGUGCCAACAGGAAAGCAUGGGGCAGGGACCCCUCCUUAGUGGUAGCUUUUGUCUGCAAGCUUCACUUGAGGAAAGGAAACUUCUUGGUGCUUAAAGCAAAGGAGCUGGGCCUUCCUGUUGGGACGGCCGCCAUUGCACCCAUCAUUGCUGCUGUCAAGGACGGGAAGAGUAUCACUUACGAAGGAAGAGAGAUUGCUGCUGAAGAGCUUUGUACACCCCCAGAUCCUGGUCUUGUAUUCAUUGUGGUAGAGUGUCCUGAUGAAGGAUUCAUCCUGCCCAUCUGUGAGAACGACACCUUUAAAAGGUACCAGGCAGAGGCUGAUGCACCUGUGGCGCUGGUGGUCCACAUAGCCCCAGAAUCUGUACUCAUCGACAGCAGAUACCAGCAGUGGAUGGAGAGGUUCGGGCCUGACACACAGCACCUGAUUCUGAAUGAGAAUUGCCCCUCGGUCCACAACCUGCGCAGCCACAAGAUUCAGACCCAGCUCAGCCUCAUCCACCCUGACAUCUUCCCCCAGCUUACCAGCUUCUAUAGUAAGGAGGAAGGGUCCACCCUCAGCGUGCCAACAGUUCGGGGUGAAUGCCUCCUCAAGUAUCAGCUCCGCCCCAAGAGAGAGUGGCAGAGGGAUACCACACUCGACUGCAAUACUGAUGAAUUCAUAGCUGAGGCCUUGGAGCUCCCCAGUUUCCAGGAGAGUGUGGAGGAGUAUCGGAAGAACGUGCAGGAAAACCCAGCCCCAGCAGAGAAAAGAAGCCAGUAUCCUGAAAUUGUCUUCCUGGGUACGGGGUCUGCCAUCCCAAUGAAGAUCCGAAAUGUCAGUUCCACACUCGUCAACCUAAGCCCUGACAAGUCAGUGCUCCUGGAUUGUGGAGAAGGCACUUUUGGGCAGUUGUGCCGUCAUUACGGACAGCAAAUAGACCGAGUCUUAUGCAGCCUCACGGCUGUGUUUGUGUCCCACCUGCACGCCGACCACCACACGGGCUUGCUGAAUAUCUUGCUGCAGAGAGAGCAUGCGUUGGCAUCUCUGGGGAAACCCUUCCAGCCCUUGCUUGUGGUGGCUCCUACCCAGCUCAGGGCCUGGCUGCAGCAGUAUCACAACCACUGCCAGGAGAUUCUGCACCACGUCAGUAUGAUUCCUGCCAAAUGCCUUCAGAAAGGGGCAGAGGUCUCCAAUACUACAUUGGAAAGGCUGAUAAGCUUGCUGUUGGAAACAUGUGACUUAGAAGAAUUUCAGACCUGCCUGGUACGGCACUGCAAGCAUGCUUUUGGCUGUGCACUGGUACAUUCAUCUGGCUGGAAAGUCGUCUACUCGGGGGAUACCAUGCCCUGUGAGGCUCUGGUCCAGAUGGGGAAAGAUGCCACCCUCCUGAUACAUGAAGCCACUCUGGAGGAUGGCUUGGAAGAGGAAGCAGUAGAGAAGACACACAGCACCACCUCCCAGGCUAUUAAUGUGGGGAUGCGGAUGAAUGCGGAGUUCAUCAUGCUGAACCACUUCAGUCAGCGGUACGCCAAGAUCCCCCUUUUCAGCCCUGACUUCAACGAGAAAGUUGGCAUCGCCUUUGACCACAUGAAGGUCUGCUUUGGAGACUUCCCGACAGUGCCCAAGCUGAUUCCCCCACUGAAGGCCCUGUUUGCAGGUGACAUUGAAGAGAUGGUGGAACGCAGGGAGAAGAGGGAGCUACGGCUGGUGCGAGCAGCCCUCCUGACCCAGCAGGCAGACAGCCCAGAGGACAGAGAACCCCAACAGAAGCGGGCCCACACAGAUGAACCACACAGCCCACAGAGCAAGAAGGUCAGAGCCCAGUGAAGUCUAAGCCAUCCUGGACUGUAGGCUGUUCUCUGCCCUGUGUGGAAGCCACAUCUGUCACCUUGGUGGGAGCCAGCGCACACAACUAGCCAGGAGGCAGUAUGGAGUCAGCCUGCAGUACUCCAUGGUCAUGGCUGGGAGCUCCCAUCUGCCAGGGGCCUCCGACUCCUGGAGGCGAACACAGUCGAAGACAGCAAGCCGGUCUUUAAAGAAGUUAUGGAAAUUGAGGUGUCUGCCCCUUACUCACUAGCACAGGGGUUUUCUCUGCAUGCCAGAGUCAAGCCAUGUUACAAGUGACAUUGGGUGUAUAUGUCCCAGGCUCCAAGCAUAGUAUUUGCAAGGACUCAGACUCAAUAAAGCUCAAGUUUGGAAUCCUGCUUCAGUGUGGGGUCUUCUGUGGGCUGGGUUACCCAGUGAGGCCGCAUCUCCCGUGCCUGUGAGCCUGUUGUGCUCUUGGUCCAUGAUGAGUGACAAUCACUAUGAAAGUAUGAAGAAAUGUCACCUUGGGCUAGAUGCCUGUUGGAACCUGAAAGCAGGUUAGUGACUGAAACUUGGAAGGAUGUUCAAAGUCGACUCUAACAUGUGCGUGUUCUCCCCACCCAGGAGAGCGUGGCAAACACUUUAGGAGCGCGAGUGUGACACGGCGAGGACUUGGCCUGCCUUCCCUGGCGAGGACUUGGCCUGCCUUCCCUGGCGAGGACUUGGCCUGCCUUCCCUGGCCUGGCGGCGCUCUGCUCACUUCCUCAUGAGGCAGCACAGGAUGUUGUGACUGCCCCGCAGCCUUCACCGAAACAAGACCAUGUGCCAAGCUCAGGGUUAAUAAAUCUAUUUUAAUAACAUUA